ACUACGCGCCCUUUUAAUAUACAAACCUCGAGCGAUGGACGUUAAAGCGGCACUGGUUUCCGGCUUGACCUCUGACCCUCGACGACUUCCAGUCUGGUUCCGCUACGACAAACAGGGGUCAAUCUACAAUGAUCGCUUCUUGACGGAUAAUACACACUAUUAUUUCUACAGAUCGGAAGUUGAAGUUUUAACAGCAAAUGUUCAGGCGAUUGUCAGCGAGGUGGCGCCGCCUUGCGUUCUCGUGGAGAUGGGGAGCGGAAAUUCCGAGAAGUCCCGAAUGAUCAUUGACGUCAUACUCCGACAGCAGACGACGCUUAACUAUAUCCCGGUGGACAUUUCCGCAGAGUUUCUCAAGGAGACGGCGGAUUCUCUGUCACAUGACUACGGAGAGAAGCUGCGCGUGACGCCCGUGCCUGGGGACUAUACUGUCGGCAUUGAACACUUUCGGAAAGUAGAGGGGAGAAAGCUGAUCGUGUGGUUGGGAGGCGGGUUCCAGAACCAACCGUACACUGUGCAGGUGGCCAGACUACAUAACAUGGCGCAAUCCAUGACUGGGGCGGACCGACUUUUGGUGGCGCUAGACGUUACACAGGAAGCAGAAGCCGUGGAAAAGGCGUACCUUGACCCCGCAGGAGUUGGAGAAAACCUGUACCUGAAUGCGUUGUGGCGAUUAAAUCGGGAAUACGGAAGUGACAUCAUAACAGACAACUUCCGGUUAGAGGCCAAUUUUGAUCAUUCAACCGAAGACGACACGUUAAGCGGCGUGAAACUCAGAGCUGUGUCAUGUAACGAUCAGGAGAUUCAUAUACCGGACCUUAACCUGACCUUUGACCUACCGGAAGGGGAGUGUAUCUAUCUCCACGAGGGAGAGUACCUAUCGUGCAAGUAUACGGAUGCCCAGGUCGGCUCCCUCGCCGAAAAGGCUGGCUUGACGCUCAACCGGAUAUGGACGGACCCUGGCCUCCAUGUUGGCUUGUUUUGUUUUGCCAAAGAUGUGUAGCUGUUGCUGUUUUGACACUGUGUAAUUCUCUUUAAAAGCUAUUGUUUCCUGUUAAAUAUUAUUAUAAAUUAUGUUAUAUUAUAUAAGUCUAACCCAAGCAUUAAUUAAUGACAAUGUUUA